AUGUCAAACAAAAAUUAAGGAAUAAUAAAUUUAUUGACUUGUUAAAAACAUAAUAAAUAAGUAAGAUAUAUAUGUUGCUUUGAAAAUUGUACAUAUGGUAAUUUGAUGUGUGAGUUAUGUAUAAAUAAUGAUCCAAAACAUACUGUAAACCAUAAAUAUUACAUAUAAGAAUAUUAAUAAUUUAUAUUAACUUAAAACCGAAUUCAAAUGAAAUUAUUACCAUCGAUUAAUGAUAUAUUUACAGAGUUAGAUAAUAAAUUUAAUAGUUAUUAAUUUCAUUGCGAAUAAGAAACAAAUGAAAUCGAUUAGGAUUUUUCUUAAUUAUUUAAGAUAUUUUUUUAAUUAUCUGAAAGUGCAAAAACAUUUUUAAAAGAAAAUAUUAAAAGUGAAUACAAAAAAAUAUAACCAAAAGUUAGUGAAAUAAAAUAGAAAUAUAAUGAUUUAUUAAAUAAUAAAAAGAAAGAAAAAAAUAGCAAUAUAUUUUCGAAAAUAUUUAAUUCAAAUAAUGAUGAAAAAGAUUUAGAUACACCUAAUAAUGAAGAUUAAGUUUUAAAAAUAAUUAAAAGUAACGCACCUUUAAAUAACAUUAAAGUCGAAGCAAUUUAAGUUAUUUAAUAAUUGCAAAGGAUGUAUGAAAAUAAAGUUUAUUAUAAAAAAAAUUAAUAAUCAAAACAAUUAUUUGAAUAAAUUAAAGAAAACUUUGAUUAAAGCUGUAAAGAAAUGUAUAGAAAAUUUAAAUAAUUUAUUGAAGGUAUAGAUGAAGAAGAAAAUUAAAUGAAAAAAAGUAUUUUUACUAAAAAUAGUUAAGUUCAUACUAAAUAAAAACCAUAAAUAGUCAGUAUUGAUCUUUCAAAAGAACAACCUAUUCUUUAAUAAAACUAAUCUUAAGCUAUGAAAUUAUAAUUAAAAUAAUCUAUGGUUUUAACCAAAAUAACAGCAGAAAACAAAUAACUAAAAACAUUAAAAAAAAUUGAAUAGUUUCCUUCCCUUAAAAAUCAAAAUGUAUUAGAAGCUAUCAGAUUAAACGGCUCUUUGAAUUUCAGAAUGGAAGACUCGUAUUAUAAUAAUAUUCCCGAAUAAGGUCCUUUUGAAUAUGAAGAUGGAUCCAUAUAUUAUGGACAUAUUAAAGAAUAAUAAAGGCACGGAAGAGGUAAAAUUAUUUUCCCAGAUGGAGCCUAUUAUGAAGGAUAUUGGAAAGAAGAUAUACCAUUUGGAAUGGGAAGAAUUAUAAGAAAUAAUGGUGAUUUGUAUUAAGGCUAAUGUUUAAAUUACAAAGCUCAUGGUAAAGGCGUUUUUAAAACCUUAAAAGGGGAUUUUAUUUAUGACGGAGAAUGGUUCGAAGAUUAAAGGCAUGGAAAAGGAGAAGAACAAUGCACUGGUAAAUAUAUCUAUAAAGGAGAUUUUUAAAUGGGAAAAAUUCAUGGGCAAGGUAAUAUUAAAUUUGAAAACGGAGUUAUUUAUUCUGGAGAUUUUAAUAAUGGAGAAAUGACUGGUUAAGGAGAGAUUAUUGAAUCUAAUGGAGAAAAAUAUUUAGGGGAAGUUUUGAAUGGGGUUAAAUAGGGAAGAGGAAUUUAUAUUUGGCCUGAUGGAAGUAAAUAUGAAGGAAGUUAUGAAAAUAAUAUUCCUCAUGGUUAGGGUAUAUACUCUUGGUAUUACUUUUUUUUCUAUUAAUAUUUUUUUAUUAUUUUUUAAAUAAAAAGGCCCGAUGGACAUAUUUAUAGUGGAAACUGGAAUUAUGGAUUGUAAGAUGGAGAAGGUAUUGAAAUUAACCCUUUUAAUUAAGAAAAAGAAGGAAUAUGGUAAAAUGGUAAAUGGAUUAGAUGGAAAUGA